AUGGCCAACGGCUCUGACCCAAGCACGUCCCCCAGUAAGCAACGUCGCUCGAUUCAGAUCACCGAUGUAGAUCCUUGUAGGUCGCCCACCGACAACGCCUCUCAGGCAGGUCGUAGGCCGCACGGGCUGGCAAAUCCACCGAUCAACCUCUCCACAUCGCCAUGUAGCGACGCCUCGGACCGUCAACCGGCCCGGGCGCUUGCGUUUUGUGUAGCCCUCACAACUACGGCGGAGGCCCACGUGACUGGCCGGUGGGCGGAGGAGUGGAAGGGCACAGGAGUGGGUGUUGGCGGCGUGGGCGGCCGACAGCGGUUUGCGAGAGUGAGCACAACGGGCGUAACGUCGGAGCGUAUGGCCGCGUAACGGGCAGCGAGCGUGGACAGAAAUGCCUAAGUCC